UGCCACGCUGUCAGUUUAUCUGAAUUUAUAAUAGACUCCAAUCUCCAUAUGUAAACUAACUUAAACUUGGUAAAGUGCACUUUAAACAUUUAUCUAAUCAUUUAACAACAAAACCAAAGUUUUUAUCAUCUAAAAUUGUUUGUUAAAUUGUAAUUAUGCUGAAAGUAAUCAUCCUUUCUAUUUGGAUCGUUUCGAUGGCUAUUGCUGAUUCCUCAUAUCCUGAUGAGGAGCUACAGGCAGUGAUUUGUCAUAAAUUUGGUUUUAGUUAUUUCACAUUGUGUCAUGAAUGUGACUACUAUGAAAGUACGACAAGGUCAGUAUGCCGAGGAUGCUGCGAAGCUAAAAAAGCUCCAAUGGAACCUUAUCCGAAAGGUCAAUUAGAAAUAUGUCAGUGUAAAUUUGCCAAAUAUCCUAAUAUUGUAGCAUUUAUAAAAUCACAUGAACGGAGAAGUAGACAUCCAAAUUUAAGUAUUAUAUACUCAAACAUUACUGAACCUCGGUUACAUCUGUUUAAUAAGAAUGGCCAAAAGAAGGAGAGUGGAAACCUUGCUGCACUGUGGGAGGCACACCCAGACCGGAUCGAUUCAGGCCUUAGUUUUCUUAUUGCUCAUUAGAAAAAUUAUUCAAAAAUCAAUUAAGGUUGCUUACAAGGGACAUAGUCGUACUAUUAUUUAGGCUCGGAGGACUCGUAUACCACUACGUUUAUUUUGUGGCCCCUCUUUAAAAAUUUUGUUACGCUUUUGCCUUAAAAAUCGUAGUGUGUGUGUAAACAGAUAGGCACCAACACUAUUCCAGCAAGCAAAAUGGAAAUCGUGAGACACUGUAUUUUUUUAUAUACUACCACUACUACAGUGCAUCAUUGUGUAUGUCACGUUGGUGUAUAACAUCCCGCUCGGCAAGUGAAAAGUAAACAAGGAGAAGAGAGCAGUGUUGCCGGAUCGCAAUUCUCUCAUGUCCUCUCGUUGCGAGAAAGACGAAAAUUUAAAAAUUUAACAUUAAAUAUCUUUAAAAAUCAACGUCAGAAAAAAUUCAAAUUUUUUUAUCGUAUUCGUCUUGUCGAGCACUACAAUUUGAUAGUAAUUUGAAAAUUUUUUAGUGAAAAACGAACUCGUUAAAAAUAAAAAUGUACGGUAUAUCAACUUAUAGUCCUAUCCUCGCGUAUAAAAGUUGUCAACUUUGACAUUAAUUAUCUCAAAAAAACGACGUCAGAAAAAAUUGAAAAAAAUUGAGAGUAUA